GCGGAGCGCGCGCUGGUAAGGGGCGCUCGGAUCCCUGGCGUUCUGCAGGGCGCGGCGCCGAUGGUGGCGGGUCGCGCAUUGGCGGCGGCGGUGUGUUACCUCAGGGACCGGUGAGAGCCGAGGCUUCAGCCAGGUGUAGGCGGACCUCAGGCGGCGGGCGGGUGGCCCUGGUUCCGGGAUGGAAGCGGAAGGCUUGGACUGGCUCCUGGUCCCGCUGCAGCAGCUGGCUUCCUGGGGGGCGGCCGGGGCCAUGGUCUUCGGAGGGGUGGUGCCUUACGUCCCACAGUACCGGGACAUCCGCAGGACGCAGAACGCCGAGGGCUUCUCCACUCACGUGUGUCUGGUGCUGCUGGUAGCCAAUAUUCUACGGAUCCUCUUCUGGUUUGGGAGGCGUUUCGAGUCCCCACUGCUGUGGCAGAGUGUGGUCAUGAUUGCCACCAUGCUGUUGAUGCUGAAGCUCUGCACCGAGGUCCGUGUGGCGAACGAACUGAACAUAAAACGCCGCUCCUUUGCAGCUGCAGAUAGUAAGGAUGAAGAAACCAAAGUGCCCCCCGGGCGGUCCUACCUGGAUUUUGACCCUCACCACUUCUGGCACUGGAGCAGCUUCGCAGACUACGUGCAGUGUGUCCUGGCCUUCACGGGUGUAGCGGGCUACGUCACAUACCUGUCCAUUGACUCAGCUCUGUUUGUGGAGACCCUGGGCUUUCUGGCUGUGCUGACUGAGGCCAUGCUGGGUGUGCCGCAGCUUUACCGCAACCACUGCCACCGGUCCACAGAGGGCAUGAGCAUAAAGAUGGUGCUCAUGUGGACCAGCGGAGACGCCUUCAAGACAGCCUACUUCCUGCUAAAUGGCGCACCCCUGCAGUUCUCAGUCUGUGGCCUGCUGCAGGUGCUGGUGGACCUGGCCAUCCUGGGGCAAGCCUACGCCUUCACUCGCCACCCCCAGAAGCUGGUGCCCCAUGCUACGCACCCCACCAGUGCCAAGGCCCUCUGAGGGGCCAGCCACAGACACUGGCCAGACCCCUCUUCCCUGAGAGGGGGGACAGUGUUCAGGUGUCAGAUUCUGGAACAGGCUGGUGGGGGCAGGGCUGGGUCAACAUUUGUGCUCCUUACUGCCAGGGCAGCCAGAGCAGGUUUAACACCCCAGGGCCAGGUUUCAGUUGUCUAUAAGGUGAUGGAAAAGCAAGUGUCUUUUCCCACUUCCUCUCAAAAACUCCUGCCUUGAAUGCGAAAUUUGUUGAUGAGCACACGUGAAAGAAGGCAGCAGCCCUGCUCCCAUCUCAGGCCCAUCUCCUGGGUCUGCUUCAGCCCACAGGAUGUUCUACCUGGUGGGGCUGAGAGGCCUGCACCCCUAGGUAAGCAGACCCACCUGCCAACAUUCCAGGGAAGCACAAAGGGAUCCCAGGGCUGAGGACCCCGCAAAUCCUGUGAGCAGAGCCUUGGGACUCACUGUGACUCUCAAAAGAUGCUGUGGUUGAACAGCGGCAACAGAGGGACAGGGCUGGGGUCUUCUCUGCUCCUGGUACAUGUGGAAAGGGGGCUGUGAGGACACAGCGCCAGUGCUCUCUAGGGCCUCACAGGGGCUGACCUCUUGGUCCAGCAGGGCCCAGAAACCAUGCUGCUAUUACGGCCUCUUCCCAGGAGGUGCUGACACAGACACCCCCAGGUGAGCAGGCGGGCCCAUGUCUCAGCCUGGCUGGGCAUUGGCCAACAAUCUCAGAGGGAUGAGAGCUGUGUUCUUUUUCUCCUCAGGUCCUAGGGGUGGCCCUCGGAACUCCACUGGGGAGAUUCCCUUGAGUCUGGGCAUUGUAUAUGCACCAGCUGGACACAGCUUUAAUAUUCAUCUUCCAGAACAGAGAGGCCACUUUGGGUCAGGAGAGGGGAUGCCAGGCCAGUGCUCCUGACAUGCAGGGUCCUACCUCUGUGACCUCCUACAUAGGGGCAGCCCGACAUGUCCUCUGUUCUCAAUCCCUGGCAUGUCGGCCCGUGGAGUUCUGGGUCUGCAGUGGAGCUGCCUAUCUGCCCUUGGCACCCCAUACCUGCCUACCCUGUUCCAGUUUAACAUGAGGUCACGCUGUGCUGAGCAGUACUGCACUGGCUUCAGCUGGCCCCCAGGCCUCAGAGUUCUAGAUGCUUCUUUGCAACUCCCAUGGCACAGGCUCCUUCUGCUGGCGGAGGGGCUGCUUUCCAGGCGGGUGUCCAUGCUGUCGGCACCAGACAGUGAGUGUUAAUUUGCUGUGCCAGUGGGAAAAGGCCCAAAGCUAUUUCCUCUCCCUGGGUGUUCCUCAGAAAUACUCUUGAAUGUUUGAGUGAGGCUCUUGCUCAGCUCUUUGGCCUAUAAGAUGCUUUCAAAAUUUUUAUUUUUUUAAAACAAAGGGCGAUGUCUGUUAGUGUUAAUUGCCUCCAAAUUAAAAUGCCACUGAUUGCAGGCAUAAUGACUAGGUGAAUGUCCCGUGUGUGCCUCCUUGGAAUCAAUAAACCUUUUGUGGAUCCAG